CUCUGCCACAUCCGUCUGUCAUUCGUACCUCUCUUUCGACCACAGCCACAUGUCACAAACCUUUUCCGCUUAGAACGUCAAAAUGGCUACUCCAAUAUCGAAAAAACGCAAGUUCGUAGGCGACGGCGUCUUCAAAGCCGAGUUGAACGAAUUCCUGACUCGCGAGUUGUCUGAAGAUGGCUACUCCGGAGUGGAAGUCCGAGUCACUCCCACCCGUACAGAAAUCAUUAUUAUGGCCACACGUACGGACCGAGUCCUGGGAGAAAAGAAUCGCCGCAUCCGCGAGUUGACCUCAGUUGUGCAAAAACGGUUCAACUUCCCGGAGAAUUCCGUGGUUUUGUAUGGAGAAAAGGUCGCCAAUAGGGGCUUGUGCGCGAUCGCACAAGCCGAGUCGCUUCGGUUCAAGCUGAUCGGAGGGUUGGCGGUGCGUCGCGCCUGCUACGGCGUUUUGAGAUACAUUAUGGAGUGCGGGGCUAAAGGGUGUGAAGUUGUGGUCUCCGGGAAACUCCGCGGUCAGAGAGCCAAGUCUAUGAAGUUCGUGGAUGGUUUGAUGAUCCAUUCGGGAGAUCCGUGUAACGAUUAUGUGGACACUGCCACCAGGCACGUGUUGUUGAGGCAGGGAGUCCUGGGGAUUAAAGUUAAGAUCAUGUUGCCUUGGGAUCCUAGUGGCAAGACUGGACCCAAGAGGCCUCUGCCUGAUAAUGUUUCAGUCGUUGAACCUAAAGAAGAAGUUCUGCCGCUGUUCCCCAGCAGUGAAAUUAAAGCAGUUAAACCGGAUGCCGCACCAGCUAUUCCGAUAACUGUAGCUUAAAUUUUUAUCUAUAAUUUUCAAUAAAAAUCGGAAAUUAUAA